UUUUACCUGACACAACAACAAAACCGGGUUGUUGUUUCCAAAUUAAAAAUUGAUCGGAUAAAUGUUAGGUUUAUGUCAGCAAAGCUACUUUACUUCACUCACUGGAAAAUAUCGGGGAAAAUGUUUAUUUCGUAUGCGAGUUAGGUAAACGACAUAAAAUCAAUGACGGUCUUUAGCUAUAUGUUUAGAGUUUAUUAUAUUAUUCAAAAAAUAAGCAGCUAAUAUCAGUCGUAUAUUAUCACUUUAAAUUCACAUUACCAUCAAUAAUCACGAUAAAAGAAAUUUAAAUAACAAAAAAUUAACAACACAUUUUACGUAUCUUAAUAGCCAUCUAACUAGUUAAAAAUGACCUGUGCAUUAUGAGGUGUUCAAUACAGUGGAUAUAAUAAAUACUCGUAUCUAAAGCAUAAAAGUCUAGUAUCUAAAAAUGCGCAAGCCUUCGCGGAGGACAUCUUUUAGAGGUCCUGUUUGGGUCCUUCGUCUCUAUGGCAACAUCCUAAACACGGGACGCUAAUAGCGGUUCAGUCACCAACCUCUGAAACAAGUAGAGUUUUUUUUUUGUUUGUUUGUUUUAAAAUCGAACUUAUUAUUACUGUUUAGGAGGUAGUAUCACGCGGACACAAGCAGAUGUCGGUGCAACAAGAAACCGGGUUUCCUCCGUUGCAAGUGUCGGAGAAGCAGGACAGAAGAUUUUCAUCAGGCAAUCUACGUGUUAAUGGGCAAAGUGAAAAGUUGGUUCUUCUGCAACCAAUUACUUUACCCCGAGGGUCUGCGUUAAUGAAACAACUACGUGUUGUGGGUACCUCAGGCUGUCUCAGUACCUGGCCUGCCCAUGUGACCUCACAGAUUCUUCAGCAACGGCAAAAGGACCUGUCACUGGGGUUGAAUCACAGCUUUGCUAAGGAGGUUGGGGGAGUGAGGGGAAAACCACGGUUCCUGCAGAUGCUAGAGCGUUACCUAAGGUUGGAACUACAAACCCUGAAUCCCCAUCAUCCCAAAGUUCAGGAGAGCAGACUGCAGGUCCUGUAGCACCUAUCGACUCCAGGCCCCGGCCCAUACACUCUCACAGACCAAUGAAACUCGCUCCAUAUCACUUCUUUGCCAUAUUGAUUUUGAAAUAUAAAAAUGGAAAAUAAUUCCAAGUAUCAUAUAACAUAUCAUAUAAAAUAAAUAAAGUGCAGUGACUUAUUGUCAUUCACUCCUGUUUGUUCCUUUGUUGUGUUGCAUAGGGUUUUAUGUAGCUCCUAGAUGCCACACAGUCAGCUAGUAUUUCUUAUCCAGUUUCAGUGAGCCCUGUGAUGAGCUGGCGAUGGUACAAAGGUGAAAUGUGAGCCUGUUGCCACAUACUGUCCUGGCAGAACUACAAAAGAGGACCCUUAUGUCAUUAUCUUGCUUUAUCCCAUUCUCAAACCACAUAAAACACUAGCAUGGAAGUCUUUACAAUGGCUUGUAAAAUGUGCUUUCUUUCAAAAAAGAAAAAAAAUCUAUAUUUUUUUCCCCCCAUAAGAAUAAAAUCUACAACCUGAACUUCUGUUCUCAUGGGAGCCAGAGGCACAGAGGUUUACCGGGAAGUUUUUGACUGCUUUAUCGAGGACCUGAAAACCUACAAGCCGCUGCUGUCUGCCAUCAAAAAUGAGUAUGAAGUUACAUUAGCACAUCUGCAGGAUCAGAUCCGAGAGCUGGAGCCCCUGCGAGCACAACUGGUCAUAGUGUCAGAGCGGUGUGAGCAGCGUGUCCUGGCCCUGCGUGAGGAGGAAAGGUCGGAGGUCAAUGCCCUCAAGCAGGAGGCUCAGUGUCUGCAGAAGAUCAUUGACGAAAUGAGGGAGCAGCAAGACAUUCUGCAGACUCAGGUCCGUGUCCUGCAGAGGGAUUUGGCUGAUCAGUACCUGGCCUAUCGUCAAGAGCACGAGGCCCGCAGGCUGCUCAUCGCCGGCACCGGCAAUGCGGGCCACAGGCCAGGGGAGGUUCAAGUGAAGCGGGAAUACGACCCUGCCGAAAUGAAGCAGGAGCUGACUGUGUGCCGCCAGGAUCUGACCCGGGUCCGAGCGGAGAUGGAGCGUCUGCGAGCUGAGUAUGCGGACAUGGUGCCCCACAGAGACUGGCAGGCUUUGCACUGCGCCCACCAGGAGAGCCAGCUGAGGCUGCAGACGCUGCAUACAGACUUCGAUCAGCUCAGGGCCGAGUACGAUACGCUGUUGGAGGUGCACGGCCAGGUCUCUCCGCAGCGGGGCCACCUCCGGAGGGAGCCGAAGAUGCUGCAGGAUGCUGUCGUCCCUCCUCCCCACCGGGAAGAAGGCACAGUAGCUCCCUCUACUGCCCAUCUGGGGUACUGCAGACAGUGUUCCUGUCCACCUGCCGUUUACGAGGAAGCUGAAGAAUUUGAAGCUCGAUUUGCCAGAUUUAGUGAACAUCCUACAGCCACUGCAGAUGAGGAGGUGGAUGAGAGUGUAUACCACAGACAAUCCAGCAUAUUCUCUCAUCUGCUGAAAGAGUUUGUCAACAUCGACACUACCAAGAGUGGAACGCUCACCAUUCGAGAGUUCAGUGAAUCCUUGCAGAGGGCCUUGCCACUGAUAGGAGAGGAUGACCUUAAAGAGCUGGUGAAAGCUGCCCAGUCUGAGAUGGACGACAGUGAGGAUGUGAUUUCCUAUCAGACCCUCUGCGCAGAGCAUUCUGACAGACUACAAACAGGCUUCCUUCGUGUGCUGAUGAAGCAGGCGGACACACAGAGAUAACUGUGCAGCUGAAGUUCAAAGGGCAAAGAGAGUCUGUUCAAUUGGCACAUUGACCCAGUGCUGUGACAUUAACACUGAUUUGAGGUUAGUGCUUUGGGAGAAUAUGCAUAGAUACAGAGAUCUUUCAUUCAGAAGGAGCUGAUGUGGACUUAUUUUCAAGGGGCACUUAGAAAAGCAUGAUGUCUGCUUAAAUAUCUGAUGGUGAAGUGAUUUAUUUAGUUUCACAUUCCUUUCGAAAACAGAAAAGUUAAUACUGACAAUCCCAGAAAGGCCUUCCAGAGUACUGACCCAUCUCUCAACCAGGCCCAGUCAGCAGAGUGUUCCAGGUGCCCCCAGACCAGUUGGACUAUUCUGUUGCCCCCCCAAUUCAGUGUCUUGCGGAGGUUGAUGUUAGCUUGGUAGGACCCCUACUGCCACAGACUAAUACUAAGGCAGACGCCAAAAGUUCACCCAUGCCUUCAACAUUGUGAAAAUGAUGUCUUGACCACAGCUGAAUGUCACUAUUUUAGUUCUAUAAUUUAUCUUAAAGAAAAUAUAACAAUAAAAUGUAAAGUUUU